UCGAAGACAGGAGUCUGUUUGGUUAUUCCCAGUGAGCAUCCAAAGAGGGAGAAUAGACGUGAUUCAGGGAACAUAAAGGCCAGAAUGGCGGACAUACGGCCGUGUAAGGUGUGUAACUUCACACGACAGAAGUCCUACGGGUUGGUUGUUCCCUCCCUGACAGAGCUGAAGAUAAAAGGGUCUGAGUUCCUCGGGCAUCCCAGUGACCAGGUCACAGUGGUCCUGGAGGAUGAUGGGACAAUAGUAGAGGAUCAGUCCUACUUCUUGUGUUUACCCCCAAACACAAAGUUCAUGCUGUUGCAUGAAGAAGAAUCAUGGUCUCCAGUACGCAAGAUGGAUGGUGGCACGGCCUGGAUGGCCAGGGAGUCUGUGAUUCUGGACAAUGAUGCUGUGGAUGCCCUCGGCCUUGUAGCCCCCUGGUGGGGCCUGGCUCAGCAGCUGAAGCAGGACCUGGCCAGCAUCAUCCUCAUGUCUGAGGACGACUUACAGACUUUAGUAGAUGCUCCAUGCCCUGAGCUAGCCUCUGCUCUGGGCUUCCGAGAGAAGAAGGCUGUGGACCUGCAGGAGACACUGCAGAGGGUUUUGGACAGAAGGGAGGAGGAGAGACAGUCCAAGGAGUUGCUCCAGCUCUACCUCAAAGCUGCGGACAAAGAGGACAAGCAGCAGGAAGUGCCGAGUCAGCCCAGCCAGGGAGGAGCUGCAGAGGUGGAUAUGCCAGACGGAAUGGAAGUGGACUCCGCAUCUGGAUUCAUGUCCAGGACUCUGAUGGUCUUGAAAGGCAAAACCAGCCCAGAGACCAGGCUCUCAACUGAAGAGCUGCAGAUGGUAGCGAGCAGAGGGGUUGAAGCUAUGCAGCAGGUGCUUGGCUGGGACUCAUCCAGGACGGCAGACCUGCUGCAGGCCUGCAAGGCCGAGCUGGCCACACGUCUUCAGCUGGUCCAGGCCGUGCAGUCCGUCAGGAGCAGCACACAGCUGGACAGCAGCCGGCAGGCCGGUGGGAAGAAUGCGGAGGGCAAUCAAACUAGCGACUAGGCCAACUUCACCUGAGCAGAGACUGAUAAGAAUUCACACUACCUGCCUCAGGGUCAGUAGAAUGGGAUUUGUCCUGUGGUACUGAUAAUAUGCAUAAUACUGGAAUCUAUGAAUGAUAAUAAUGUUGAUGUUUGCAUCAUUUUGUAAAACUUGCAAACCACCUGAGCGCUUUUGCCGCAAGAGGUUUUAACCACUAGUAGCAGCUUUCUAUUGGCUCCUUAAUUUGUGCCAGGCUGUAAAAAUAAACAUACAUGAAUAUAAACAUAUUGAUGUAAAAAUGUUCAUGUACGGCCUGCCAGCACCUAUUCAGAUCACAAGUUCACAUAUCACUUCUGUUGGGAUCCAUGUCCGAGCAUGUAAGUGAUUUUUCAUUGGGGACUGAGAAUAUAAAAUAUAUCAUUCUCCCAUUUCAGUGGACUAUCAGACAAAUUUUGGAGCUGCUAUUUUGAGGUACUUAAAGUAGCAUUUUAUAAAAUGUUAUUGUUGAAUCAGUUUCCCAGUAUUAUUGUUUACAAUGUGUUCCUCAUUAUAAUUGCCAAUUAAAACAGAAAUUAUGCACUGCUUAUUUGGUUUAUGCACACUUUUAAGUUGAAUAUAAGAAAGAAAUAUACUUUCAGCUAGCCAGAGAAACCCUGUUGAUCUCCGGUUCAAUUCAAAAGUGCCAUUGAAGAAUGGACAUUUACAUUUGGAAUUCAGGGGGUCUUUGGAGACGUUGAAAGUAGCAGUGUGCUCUUAUUUCAAUCAGCUGCUAACCAGGCUGAUCCUGUACCGUAUAACACUCCCUUCCCAGUGGCCCCUGCAAAAAGAGACAUGUUAGGACCCCACUAGAGCUCUGUAUCAAAAGUUCACUUUUAUUACAAUCACUUAUAAAGUUUACAAAGAGACUCACAAUGUCAAGAAAUUGAUAAAUUGUUGUGAAAAAACCCCGGAUGUGUAAAUAUAACUGAAUUUGGUAUUUUUCCUUUUCACCUUUCACCACACUCUUCAUGUGUGGGCUACUUUUUAGAGUCCGACAGAUAGUGAUUUUUGGAGGCUAAUGCCAAUAUAGAUAUUAGGGAGUGAUUGAUUUCUGAUACCAAUAUUGGCUGAUGUAAUUGUGAUUCCUAAGAUGUCGUUAUGAGACCUUUAUUACAAAAAACUAUAGGCUUGAUAUUUUAGUCAACUUUAUUAUAUCCAUAAAUAAAAAAAAAUUAUUUGAAUUAAGAAAAUCACCUUUUUUUUUUUUUUCUUUUCUGAAAAUGCAAACAUAAAUCCAGAUAAUUUAUUCUGUAAGAUAAAAGUUUUCAGAUUUGUGUGUAUUUGCAAACAAACGCUGAUACCAAUAAGUCUGUAAACGGCUCAUAUAGGAUCAUUAUUAGCCAAGAGAUAGGUGUGAAAUAUCAUAAUUUACUGAACUGUAACUAUUAGUAGAUUCAGUAUGUGGAAUAUUGAAUAGUAGAAAUACAGUAGUAUGGUGGGAACACACACAAAACACAAUGCCAAAGUAAAUUGCACUACGUUAGAAUGACAUGGAGUCCAGAUAAAACCGGGGACCCCUUGUUCCUUCUGAGAGUAAAACUUUUUCAUGAUAUAUAUGCAAAUCCUAAAAUCGAGUAGAUAUAAUUCUGAGAGAACUCUGCGUCAAUAAAUACAUCUAUUUGAAUGGAUCCCACAGGCUAAUUUAUCAUUACAUCAGUACCGUGUGACACAAGACGAGAUGUAUGACACAUGCAUGCAAGCCUCACUGAGCCCAUUAUGGCUGACAUUUUGAAUGACAAAGCUUCAUCGUUGAAUUAUUAGAACCUGGAUUUCUGGAUGAGCACUCUUUAACACUAUCAAUUAUAUAAUAUUAGGAAGUUAUGUAUCAGUCCAGUGGCUACGUGAUAUGCAUCGGUUUGUUCGAUGUGUGCAGGUCCGCGUGACUCAUAGGUCAUGGAGAAGAUGGCCUUUGUCGUGCCUGUCAUCUCUUCAUCUGUCUCUCGAACAAAGAACACAAAUGAUGGUGGACUUGAAUUUGCGGGAGGAUCAUCUUUUUUGUGUCGUGGCGACAUUGAGUUGUCAACACCAGCUUGUGUUUUAGAAAGAUCUCCUAUGUAUGCAUUAUUGGGUAAAGAGGUUUUGUCAAAAGUAACACGUCACACUACUUAAAGCUUCUAAGAACUUCCCCGUGUCAGUUCUCCAGCACAUUCACAUGUAUUUAAUUGAAUCACGUACGGCAGGUGUAAGAAUGGGACCUUGCAUAUGAUUGUACAGUAUAAGGUACCUUUGAUACACAUGUUGAAUGGUGGUUGGAGGAUUUUCUGAAAUAAACUCAAACUUUUGACAGUG